AUGACCUUCGUCCACCAGGUACGGGAUGGCAGAGCAGAGGUCAGGAUUUUGGGCACACAGGCCAAGGCCCUGCAGCCUGGACCCCAGCCCACGCGACCCUGCCUCCACUCUCUGUGCCUGCGCUUUACGCCCCUGCCGGCCUCUCGGAUGGUGCUUACCUGGCUUGAGGCGCAGGGCCUCCUCCCGGUGUGCGGCCCGUCCCUCCAGGACCACCUGUGCCAGUGGCUGGGUGGCAGCCCGUCUCUGGCUUCUCCGGGGACCCUCGGGCUGCAGGGGGCCAUGGAGCGGGCUGUGCCGCUCUCAUACUGGGGAAGCACCCUGGGCCCCUAA